AUGUCUAGAUCCGAUGAAAAGCGGUCGUUGCAAUCAACGGAAAACAUUAAGGACUAUGAUACAGGAAAGCUAAAUGCAGUUGGACACACUUCUGAAGGCGAAUAUGCAGAAACAUCGAAGCUAUCCUUCCAAGAUUUACUACGAAUCCACCACAAGCAAACAGUAUGGGGUUUUCAAUUCGGUAAAGAAGCUAGGGAAAGUACUCUAGCAAGAGAUAAAAAUAAAAGUAAGGAGUCUGACUGUGACAAAUGUGAAGAAUUCCAAACAAUUUUAGACAGUGACACUGCUAGUACUAGCAGUUGUAAAAGUAUGACUGAGAAAGAUCACACAACGCCACAUAGUAGAAAACGCACGGGUGUGAGGAGAACUGGAAAAAGGAAAAAUAGCACGAAAGCUAAUAAUGACUUUGUUUCACCACAGAAAACUAGAAAAGCUCCAUUGCCGUUGAUGGAUUGGGCAGAUUCUAAAGAAGUAUGGUUAUAUAUGGUAUAUAAGGAAGAAGCAUCCUUAAAUCUACGCAAUCCUUGCCUGUUUGAAGACUUCUCCAACUUCAUGCCUCGCAUGCGUGCCAUAUUGUUAGACUGGGUUAUGGAAGUAUGCGAAGUCUACCAUUUACGUAGAGUUACCUAUUAUCUUUGUGUAGAUUAUUUUGAUAGAUUUUUAUCCAUAAGGCCAGACGUACCAAAAAAUCAAUUACAAUUAGUUGGCGUAACGUGUCUAUUUUUAGCUUCAAAGUUAGAAGAAGUAUAUCCACCGAGAUUAUCAGAAUUUUCUUAUGUCUGUGACGGGGCGUGUAGCCCAGAUGAAAUUUUAGCCUGUGAAUUGUUAAUUCUGAAUAGUUUAGGUUGGGACUUGAAUAUUAUGACACCGAGCGAUUGGUUAAAUCUUUAUAUGCAGAUACAUUUCCAGGUUGGUAAUGUAACGAGACAAAAACUGCACAUUGAUGUAAACAGAGCUUUCUUCUUUCCUCAAUACUCAGGAUAUCAGUUUACCAGAGCGUCACAAUUAAUAGAUAUGUUAAGUUUGGAUCCAGGUUUCCUAAAGUUUAGUUACAGUACCAUAGCAGCAGCUGCUAUGUAUUUUAUGUAUGGCAAAACUGUUGCUUUAACUACAUCAGGAUUAUCUUGGUAUCAGUUGCAACCAUGCGCUGAAUAUAUGGCUGUAUUCUAUCACAUAAUUCGCGAUAGUCCAGAUCCAAAACUACAAAGCUGCAAGGACUCUCCUAUAGACGAUCAGACCAGCACAUCAUUGGAGAGCAUAAGACAUAAGGUAAAGUCUUUGGUGAAAGAUGAAAACCAUUCACUUCAAACCCAUGUAGUGAAUAUGGAGUAUUUCGAAAAAUCAGCAAUAAUAAGACUGGAACAGAUGGGUCUGAAGGUAGAAAAAACAUAUGUAAAAAAGAAAAAAGACAAAAAAUCACCAUCUCCUAAAAACAGUCCAGAGUGUAGCCGAACACAAAGUGACGAAGCGGAUGACCCACAAAACUAUGUAUGUAUGUAUGAAUUACAAAAAUUGUCCUGCGAAGCUGAUGUCUUGAGUGACAGCGAAGACAUAUCUAUCUCAUCACCAGAAGCGUCAGACGCGAAACUGAUAAUGCAACAAGAAGACAAAGCUGUUUUAAGCUUUGAUGAAAUUUUAGAUGGUAUUGUUAAGUGUAAUAAAAAAAAUAUUCCUGUAGUGGAAAUAGAUAGUAGUCCAGAUUUAAUAGAGAUUAAUCAGUCAGACUAG